AUGCCCUUGACAGUACCUUUUAUAUGGAAUCCAUCAACCCGAAUGUCUAUAAAAUUGCCUUACAAAUCGACUGAUAUCGCAAUUCAUCCAGGUUUAUGUACCUCCUGUGUUUAUCGAAUUGGUUACGAUAACACCAAUGACGAUUACAAGGUAGUGAGAAUUGUGGUGUACCUAAUUCUGGGUUUUGGCAUCGAAUACGAGAUUAAAGUUUAUAGUUUGAGAUCAAAUUCGUGGCAUAGGCCUGAGAAGUUUCCUCAUUGUCCGAAUUGGAAAAGCUUUGGAAAUUCCAUUGUUUGUGGAUCUCUGCACUGGAUCUCAACUGUGAAAUCAGAGAAAUCAGAUUUAAAAGAGGAAAGUUUGAUUGUUGCCUUUGAUAUUGGGACAGAAAAAGACAGAGUACUUCCACAGCCACAAUACCGCGGUCCUUAUUACAAAUUAUAUGUGGAUGAUUUAGGAGAAUGCCUUUCUUUAAGUUGUCAUUACAAAUCAUCGACUUUGCUGAAAGAAUAUGGUGGGACGAAUGAAUCUUGGUUGAGAUUGGCACAAAAUAUUCCUGUUCCAUCUAAUCAUGUGGUGAAAUCUGCUGCUUAUUCAAAUUGUGGUAAGAAUGUACUUUUGAGCAUGGAUGAUGAUAAUCUUGUUUGGUAUGACUUAGAUUCGGAGUCACUUGAAGAUCCUAGGAUUCAUGCUGACGAGAACUAUUCAUUCGAAGUUGAGACUCUUGCUUGGAAAAUCUAUUACGAUGUUGCAGAAGCUGGAUAA